GUCAAGCAGAGAGAGAGUUCGCACUUCUAAGGUUUCUUUCUGCAUUUCUCUUCUCUAUGACUCUAUCUUCGAUUUCUUGGUCUAUUGUUUGUUCGAAUCAACCUCUUAUUUCGAGUUCAUGAAUCGCUUGCCACUUUUACGUACGUCAAUGUGAACGAUUGUCAUGUUGUCUCUUAGGUUUUAUUUAUUUAUUUAUUUGGUUCCUUGUGGCUCAUUCUCUGUUUAUUUCUUGAAGUAGAAAGCUUGGCGUCGAAGAAAGUGUGUGCAAAUGGAAGCGAAGAAUAAGUUAAGAGUCGCCAAGUUGAAGAAACAGCGUCUUCGUAAAUCAUUGCUCAAGGCCAAGUCUCAAGCCUCUGAUCUGUUGUCCUUCACGCUAUCAUGGAGAGAUCUUGAAUCUCAUUUUGAUUCAAUUGAAUCGGAUCUUGUGAAGAGGUCACAAGAGAUUGACUCAAGGGAGGAAAAUCUGGAGAAGUGGUCACAUGUGUUGAAGUCAAAGGCAAAACUUCUGGUGAAAAGUGCUCGGGAGAUUGCAUCAGCUGAUGGAUUCAGAAGACUUGUUGACGAAAACCAGAAGAAACUGGAUAGGCUAAAGAGAGAGAUCGAAACUGAGGAAAAGAAACGUUUACAGCUUCAGAAACUGAACCAUGAUCGUAAGAUUGAACUAAAGUGGACAAGAGAGCAAGUGAAUGCGUUGCAGAAGCAUGGGAUGAAACGCGCCGUUGUACAUUUCAAAGAGAAGAGCUACGAGGAGAUGUCGGAGGAGCUAAAGGAUAAGUACGAGGAGAUCUUGAAGAAAAGCAAGUCCGCGGAGAAGAAGCUGAGAGAUUGUACCAAAGAUCUUGAACAGAAAGAAGGAGAGCUUCGAUGGGUGAGUAUGCGAUUGACAAAGCGUUUUGUGGAACUGGAGCGGGAAACGAGAAAGGUUAACUUGGAAAAGAGCAAUAUGAUUAUGUUGCGUAAACUUAAUGAGGAAGCAGAAAGGAAGCUGCAACACUUGAACAAAGUACUAGAGGAGAAACAGAAAGAGGUUGAUUCGUUUGAGUAGAUACUCCGGUGAACGCAGGAACGUGAAGGGAAGAGGAAACAGCGAUACCAGUGGAGAUGAAAGUAGCUUAAAGAGAGCAAAUAUGUAAUAGU